UUGCUUCUACAUCUAUUUACCAAAUCCGAAAAUAUUCAGAAAUCAAGAUACUAGAUAGAUCGGUCGGGAUAUUUGGCAGACCCAUCGCGUCGUGGGUUUAGGUUUUACGUAUUGGCGACAGUGAAGAAAAGAGACGAUGGCGAUGAUGCAACCGCCGCAGCCGCAAGGCUCCUAUCACCAUCCUCAGACCCUCGAAGAAGUUCGAACUCUUUGGAUUGGUGAUUUGCAGUACUGGGUCGACGAAAAUUACCUCACUUCCUGCUUCUCCCAAACCGGCGAGCUUGUUUCUGUCAAGGUAAUACGUAACAAGAUCACGGGACAGCCAGAGGGGUAUGGUUUUAUAGAGUUUAUAUCUCAUGCAGCAGCCGAGAGAACUCUGCAGACGUAUAAUGGGACACAGAUGCCUGGAACCGAAUUAACUUUCCGCUUAAAUUGGGCUUCUUUUGGUUCAGGACAGAAAGUAGAUGCUGGACCUGAUCAUUCUAUCUUUGUUGGAGAUUUAGCACCUGAUGUUACAGAUUAUCUUCUUCAAGAGACAUUCCGUGUUCAUUAUUCUUCUGUUAGAGGUGCCAAGGUUGUUACUGAUCCAAGUACUGGACGAUCAAAGGGUUAUGGAUUUGUUAAAUUUGCAGAGGAAAGUGAAAGGAAUCGGGCUAUGGCUGAAAUGAAUGGUUUGUAUUGCUCAACAAGGCCUAUGCGUAUUAGCGCAGCGACGCCAAAAAAAAACGUCGGUGUACAGCAACAAUAUGUCACCAAAGCUGUUUACCCAGUUCCAGUACCAUCUGCUGUUGCUGCACCAGUCCAAGCAUAUGUUGCUCAACCUGGACAGGGGCUUCCACCUGAAAGUGAUGUCACCUGUACAACGAUUUCAAUUGCCAAUUUGGACCCAAAUGUUACAGAGGAAGAGCUGAAGAAAGCAUUCUCCCAAUUAGGAGAGAUUAUUUAUGUCAAAAUACCUGCAACAAAGGGAUAUGGUUAUGUUCAGUUCAAAACCAGGCCUUCUGCCGAAGAAGCCGUUCAGAAAAUGCAGGGACAAGUGAUUGGUCAACAAGCAGUUCGCAUCUCUUGGAGUAAAAAUCCAGGACAGGAUGGCUGGGUUGCACAAGCAGAUCCGAAUCAGUGGAAUGGGUAUUAUGGUUAUGGGCAAGGCUAUGAUGCAUAUGGUUAUGGGACAACUCAAGACCCAUCCUUAUACGCAUAUGGCGGAUAUGGCUAUCCCCAGUAUCCGCAGCAGGGAGAGGGUACACAAGACAUUUCAAACGCUGCGGCGGGUGGAGUUGCAGGUGCAGAGCAAGAUUUGUAUGAUCCUCUGGCCACUCCUGAUGUAGACAAGUUAAAUGCUGCUUAUCUUUCGGUUCAUGCAAGCGUUAUAUUAGGACGGCAAAUGUGGCAGCGUACCUCAGCACUCACAUCACAAUUGGGAAAAUGAUCUUGAAGAGAGGAAUAGAAUGGUGGGUGCUUUGAGAUGUUUAGUGUGUCCAUUUCACUGCUCCUUGUCUGAUUGUUUUGCAUGUUUCAGAUUUUCCUGUAAUCUUACAAUUGGGUUCUAGUUACAAUGCUAAAUCAUGAAUCUUCCAACUUUCCGCCAUGGUCGAUGAUAAUGCCUUUUUACCGUUUAUACUCAACCGUUAAUUAACAAACAUCUCUAAUGCAC